AUGGAAGCUCCCGUCAGGACGCCCGAAACUGCCGAACGGGUCAAGCAAGUCCGAGAACGCUUUCGCCAAGCGGCCGAAGAUGCCGCCAAAGCCAAGGGAUGUGCCACACAGGAUGAUGGAAGUGCAGUGUGGAGGCAGCCCAUUGAAAGUCGAGAGAUUACACCCGAUAGACCCCUCCGAGUCGUCGUGGCGGGAGGUGGAGUCGCCGGAUUGGUUGCCGCAGCGGCGGCACAUUCCAAAGGCAUGGAAGUCACCAUCUUUGAACAGGCGUCCCAAUAUGCACCCUACGGUGGACCCAUCCAGAUUCAAUCCAAUGCCUUGAGAGCACUCGAACGAAUCAACCCCACUGUUUACCAAGAAAUUCUCAAGGCCGGAACCGUCACGGCAGACCGAGUGUCCGGACUCAAAAUUGGAUACAAAAAGGGAGUCUUCCUAGGACUGGGACAGCAAUACGAAAAGGGAGAUUGGUUGGUUCGCUUCGAUACACUCCAGCCAGCACUACAAGCUGGAUUGCCGGCCACCGUCGUCGUCGAUCGACCCGUCAUUCAACAAAUUCUUCUCAACCAUGGAAUUCCAGAAGGAACCGUCCGAAUCAAAAGUCGUAUCGCCACCUACGAAGAACUGGGACCAGGUGAAGGCCUCAAGAUCACACUGGAAGAUGGUACUGUUGCCUAUGCCGAUGUCCUCGUGGGUGCCGAUGGAAUCUGGUCCUCUGUGCGACGCAUCAUGCAUGGCUUGGAUCAGGGCGCUGAUGGAUUUGCAGCCUCGGGUGCAGCUGGGGGUGCCUUGAACGAGGCAGAAGCUAGACGCAUGGCCAAGGACAGUGUGCUCAUGGCAGAGAAUGCCAACCGACGUUAUUCCGGAUUCACGUGCUAUGCGGCCCUUGCUAAGCACAAGGCAAGUAACAUUGAGGAAGUAUCGUACCAGAUUCUACUGGGAAAAGACAAGUACUUUGUCAGCACGGAUGGUGGAGGUGAACGUCAACAAUGGUUUGCCUUGAUUCGAGAAGAUGCUGGAGGAGUCGACCCGGAACCCAGCGAGGAAAACCCCAAUCCCAAGCUUGCCCGUCUCUUGAAUGAAUUCAACAAUGAGGAACCAGGAGAUAAGAAUGGUGAUGUCUGGGAUGGCUUUGCUCACGAGCUUUUGAAGGCAUCGCCCGAAGAAGACAUCAAGCGCAGAGAUUUGUAUGAUGGUGCUCCAUUGUUGUCCAAAGGGUGGACUCGAGGUCAGGUUGCCAUCUGUGGAGAUGCUGCACAUCCAAUGAUGCCCAACCUCGGUCAAGGAGGAUGUCAAGCCACAGAAGACGGUUACAGAUUGAUCGAAGAGCUCUCCACAGUCACGCACACACGGGAUAUUGAAGGCGCGCUGAAGUCGUACUACGGAAAGAGAAUCCCACGCACAACAAUCAUUCAAAUAUUGGCUCAGCUGGGAAGUGAUCUCUUGGUUGACUUUGACAAGAUGAUGACAAUUCCAUUGGUUGGCCCUUUCUUCUUGUUCAUGACCCAGGUCUCCAUGCCGUUCAUUCUUCGAUUCUUGUACACACCCGAGUUCUAA